AUGGACACCAGCGGCCGUGUGCGCGACGGCACGGAUGACUCCAUGAACUCAGAACUUGGAAGAAAACGGCUGCGAAGAUCUGCAUCUGCCUCGCACGCGCUGAAGACUGAACCUGGAGGGGAAGGAAAGUCUUUGGAGAUCAAAGGCUUGGAUGGAUCCACUUUCGAGCUCCAGGUUGGCGAUGCAACCGUCGAAGAAGUGUACAAAAACAUUUCAGAGAAGAUUGGGCUGAAACCAGGCAGGAAAUUGUUGCUGACUUCGGGCUGCAUUAUGCUGGAUUAUUCCAGACCGAUGCUGCAGCAAGUGCAGGGUGGGGAAAUUAGUUUCAUCGUCCAAAGAAUCAGUUUGAAUGACUUUGCAAAAAGCUUUUGGAACGCCAUUGAAGCUGAGACCAAAGAAAGUCUGACUGCUGAAGAUGUGCACACACUACAUGUGUACAAUGCACCCAUCAAUCUCAGGACCUGGGACGAACACAUGACCAAGUGCGUGAAGUACAUCGUUAUGGAGAGACAGCGUGGUGCUGCGUGGAAAGACAUCUACCAGUCGCCAGGCUACCUUCGCUGCGGAUCGCUGCACCACCUCUGCAUGUACGAUCCAGCGUUGUGGGGCCUGGCCCAGUGCGAUCCCAACAACGCAGCCUGGUGGAAAGACUCCUUCGCGCAGUAUGCGGUGGCUGAUGGCAUGGCAGCCGCCAGUUCCUCUGUGAACACCGUGGAUUUCGUGAUUUCCGUAGGGGACAACUUCUAUCUGCGAGGGGUGAUGGAUGAGUUCGACCUCAACUGGCGAUACAUGUUCGAAGAGGUCUAUCACCAUGAGUCCCUCCAGGUUCCGUGGCUCAAUGUCCUGGGGAACCACGACUACGGUGGCCACGAGUGCGACGGCUGCCUCUUUGAGGGCGGCACCGGUGGAUGUAGCGAUGCGCAGAUCAGCUACGACGAUGAGAAGUCCUGGGAGUUCCCAGCACCCAAACGGAAACGCUGGGUCUUGCCCAAGAGGUACUACAAGAAGUCCUUCAAGUACCAGGACUUUAGCAUCGACGUCUUUGCCAUCGAUUCCAACUGGGUGAAUUCGCAUUCGCUGUGCCACGGUCAGAGCAAGAUCACCUCAGAGAAGGUUUGCAAUGCGGCGCAGUGCGAGACCUUUCAUCAGAAGACCUACGCGGCGCAGCUGCAAUGGCUCCGGGAGGAACUGCCGAAGUCCAAUGCCACGUGGAAGUGGGUGGUGGGACAUCAUCCCUGUGAAAUGCUGGGCGAUGUGAUGUUAAAGCUCUUUGCGUCCAACGGGGUGUCGCUGAUCUUUGCUGGACAUGUGCAUCAACUGCGUUUGGAUCGUGUGAAGGAUGUGUCGCUUGGUGAAGAGUGA